GUAACUGUAAAAAACUGGAUCUGAGUGGGCGACCAUACAGGCACAUCGGUGUCUUGGGAACUUCAAAGUUUUAUGAGAUCAGAAAUGGUACUUACACAUUCACUCCACAGUUCAUUGACCAGCAUCACUUCUACUUGGCUCUGGAUAACCAGAUGAUUGUGGAGAUGUUGCGUACAGAGCUUGCUUAUCUCUCAUCCUGCUGGCGGAUGACUGGAAGACCUACCCUCACAUUCCCUAUCACACAGAGCAUGCUGGUUGAGGAUAGCGACAGUAUUGACCCCUGUAUCCUCUCUACCCUCCGGAAGCUUCAAGAUGGCUACUUUGCAGGCGCAAGGGUGCAGAUGGCAAACCUCUCCUCAUUCCUCACCACCUCCUUCCACACCCAGCUCAGCUUCUUAGACAAAGACUCUGAAGAGAAUCUGCUAGAGGAAUACGAAGAGGAGGAGGAAGAGAGUUUUGGGCCCUCAGGUAUCCCUACUGACUCGCAUACAGCUGUUUUGGGAAGCAUUUCUCCCCCCAAAAAUAAAUAUAUGCAUCACGUUUUCAGUGCUGAACACACCACCAGGGACAUCCUUUCUUUCAUGGCCCAGGUUCAGGGCCACAACAUGCCCAAGGCUUCCAUGUAUUUGCCUGUUGCCCCCAUCAUGAGCAAACACAGGAAGUCUCUGAACCUGCUGGAUGUUCCUCAGCACAGUGUUUCUCAUCACACCAAGGCCGAUAGCUUUGACCUGCACUUGCCACAUGAUUCUCAUGGGACCACAGACUUUGCCUAUCUGGUCAAUCAGCUAAAGCAUUGUCCAAGCCUUCAGGACCAGGCAGAUAUCCUCUAUGUCCUCUAUGCUAUGAAGGGUCCGGAUUGGGUAGUAAAUCUGUCAGGACAAGGUGAGGUGACUGUUCGCUCCCUGCUGGAGGAGCUGUAUGUUCGGGCGGGAGCGUUUAAGGAAUGGGGCCUCAUCCGCUACAUUUCAGGCAUCCUGAAGAAGAGGGUGGAAGUUCUUGCUGAGUCCUGCACAGAUCUGAUCUCCCAUCAUAAACAGCUGACAGUGGGUCUUCCUCCUGAGCCCAGAGAGAAGGUCAUCACAAUUCCUCUUCCUCCCGAGGAACUGAUUAGCUUGAUUUAUGAGGCCAGUGGACAAGACAUUAGCAUUGCUGUCCUCACACAGGAGAUCAUGGUGUAUCUGGCCAUGUAUGUGCGCUCUCAGCCGUCUCUGUUUGGAGACAUGCUGCGUCUGCGCAUCGGGCUCAUCAUGCAAGUAAUGGCUACAGAACUUGCUCGCAGUUUACACUGCUCAGGUGAGGAGGCGUCAGAGAGCCUGAUGAGCCUCAGUCCUUUUGACAUGAAGAAUCUCUUACAUCACAUCCUGAGCGGGAAAGAGUUUGGUGUAGAGAGGAGUAGUGAGUAUCAGUCAGCCUUAGUUUUCAAGCUCUUUAGUCCAGUGAGUAUUUUUUGG